AAAAAAACAUUUGAUUUUUUCUACACAAUAUGGCGUCAGAGAGAAAGAGAGCAGAAAGAGAGACUGUUGAAAACACACACAUGUUUUUUUUUUGUCAAAGAGAGAACAGGUUUCAACAAGACACAGAGAACUUGACCAUCAAUAAAGAUGGAUGAAUCAACAAGUACAAAAAAAUGGUACGAAGAAUUUCCAAAAGAAUCAGCUCCUUGCAAACAUAAAAAAACCGAAAUAGAAGUGUUGGAUUUAAAAGCUGAAGCAAAAAAAAAUUUAGAAGGUGAAACAGCAGCAUAUCAAUUGAAACAAUCUAAAAUAAGAAAUUCUGAACUUGAUUGGUUUCGUACAGCAUCAGCAAAAGGUACUGGUAAAACUAAAGUUUCAGCAAAUAUUGUUCUUAUUCAAGAUAAUCCAAAAUAUACACUAUCAAGAAUUAUUGCAUUAGUAUCACAAGUUAAAGUAUCAAAACAAAAUCAAACAACAGAUUUAACAAAUGAACUAAGAGAUUUAUUUAUUGGUGAUUUAUUACAUCCAGAAUAUAAAUUACUUAAAUUUGAAGAACAAAAUUUAGAUAAAAUACCAGGAGCAAAUGAUCCAGCUCAAUUUACAACAGAUAUACCAAGAAAAAGAUUAUUAUCACAUUGGUAUUUUGAAGAUCAAUUACGUGAACAAUAUGAAAAAUUUUUAACAAAUUUAUCAUCAAUUGCAUCUGAUACUGUUGAUGUUAAUCGUGAAAAAGCUAUUUCUAUUAUGACUGAUUUAUUAAUUGCUAAUUCAGAACAAGAACAAAAACUUCUUGAAUUUAUUAUAAAUAAAGUUGGUGAUCCAAAAUCAAAAGUUGCAUCAAAAGCAGUAUGUUGUUUAAAUAAAUUAUUACAUGAACAUCCAGCAAUGAAAGUUGUUGUAUUAAAAGAAAUUGAAAAACUUUUAUUUAGACCAAAUAUUGGACAACGUGCACAAUAUUAUGCAAUUUGUUUAUUAGCACAAUAUGUACUUGAUAAAGAUGAUUCAGAAUGUUCAACAACAUUAAUUGAUCUUUAUUUUGCAUUUUUUAAAGCUUGUUUAAAAAAAGGUGAACCAGAUAGUAGAAUGAUGGCUGCAAUAUUAACUGGUGUUAAUCGUGCAUAUCGUUUUGCAAAUUUAAAUACAAUUAAAUUAAAUGAACAUAUUGAUUCUGUUUAUAAAGUUGUACAUGUUGGAUCAUUUAAUGUUUCAUUAAAUGCAUUAAGUUUAUUACAUCAAGUUGUUGGUAAUAAUCCAGAACAAGAAAAUAGAUUUUAUACAGCAUUUUAUCGUAAAUUAUUUGAUCCACAAAUUGCUCUUGCACAAAAAAAAGCUGUAUUUUUAAAUUUAUUAUACAGAGUUAUGAUGAAAGAUCAAAAUUUAUCACGUGUAUUUGCAUUUAUUAAACGUGUACUUCAAGUUUCAACAUAUUAUCCAGCAAAUAUGACAUGUGCUGUAUUGUAUAUUGUAUCACAAGUUAUACAAGCAAGAAAAGAUUUAAAACAAAUUAUGGCUAAGGGUCAUAUUGUCAUUAAAAAAGAAAAACCUGAAGAUGAUAAUGAUAAUGAUGAUGAGAAAAAAAAAGAAGAUCAAGAUGAUGAAGAUGAAGAUGAUAUUGAAUUAAUAACUAAUAAUAUUGGAAAAAAUAUAAAGCCAGAAAACACAAUUAUGUUAAGUAAUGUAAUAACAAAUUCAGAUGGUAAUAAAUUAGAAGAUCCUGAUAAAAAAGAUGUUGUUAAAAUUGAAGAAGAUAAUAGUCCGUACUAUGAUCCAUUUGUUAUUAAUCCAUUAAAAUCUGGUUCAAUGAAAGCACCAGCUGCUGAGCUAGCAUGUUUAUUUAGAUAUUUUCAUCCUAGUGUUGUAUUAUUUGCAUCAAAAAUAAUAGAAGGUCAACGUAUUGAUUAUUCUGGUGAUCCAUUGGAAGAUUUAACAACAAUGAGAUUUUUAGAUAGAUAUGUAUUUAAAAAUCCAAAAAAAAUUAAUGAUAAAAAUAUUGAUAAUACAAAUGAUCCACUUGCUACACGUUCAAAAUAUGCACCAAAAGGAUUACGUUCAAUUCCAAUUGAUAGUAAUACUUAUUUAAGUGAAGAUGAAAGAAAAAUUCCUGUUGAUGAAUUGUAUUUAUAUAAAUAUUUAAAAACUAAAAAUAAUGAUAAAAAAAUAAUUAAAAAAGAAGACGAUGAUGAUGAUGAUGAUGAUGAUAAUAGCAGUGUCAAUAGUGAUGAUUUCAAUGAAAUGAUGGAUAAAUUAAGUGGUUCAAAAGAUUUUGAUGAACUUGAUAUUGCUGCUGAUAUUGGAACUUUAAAAAAUAAAAAGAAAAAAUCAAAAAAUAUUGAUGAUGAUGAUGAAGACGAUGAUGGUUUAAUAAAUGAUGAAGAUAUGGCUGCUGUUGGUGAUGAUGAUGAGGAGGAUCUUGAUGACAUGGGUGAUAUGGAAUUUGAUGAUUCAGAUAAUGAAAAUGAAUUAUCUGAUGGCUUAAUAGAUGAUGAAGAUAUAGCAGCUGUUGCUGAUGACGAUGAUGAUUUGGGUCUUGAUGAAAUUGAUGAUGACGCGAGUGACAUGGAAUUUUUUGAUAAUUUUGAUGACGAUGAUGAUGAUAAUAAACCUAAAAAAUCAUCAAAUAUAUUUGGUAAAUUUAAAAAAUCUGGUAAAAAAGGUGAUAUUGAUAGCAAUGUAUUUGUUGCUGCUGAAGAAUUUGCUGAAAUGCUUGAAAAACAAGGUCGUGUUAAAGGUCAUGGUAAACAAGGUAGUUCUCAUGCAUUUAGUGAUGCUGAUGGUGCUUCAGCAAAACAACUUGAUUGGGAAAUUGGUAGAAAUCAAAAAAUUGAAGGUAAAAAAUAUGGUAAAAAAAGACCAUUUGGAAACAAAAGUGGCUUCAAAGGAAAUAAAAAUUCUAAAAAAUUUAAAAGAAGAAAUUAAUUUGUAAUAAUUUUAAAUAAAUCAUUUUUAAAUAACAAA